AUGGGUGGGAGGAUGGAAGAAGGAGAAGAUGAGAGGGAGGAUGAAAGAAGACGAAGGAGUAAAGAGCAGCAGGAGGGAGACUGCAAAAAGAGAGCUCUGGGAGUGCUGAGGGAAGAUACAGGAUGCAGGCCCUGUUCGGGCUCCGUCAGUGACAUUUUUCUGAGUGUUGGAGAGGACGUAGAGAAGAUCAUCGACAAAAUAAGCUCCAUCAUUAUCAAGCUGGAUGCAGCGAUUCAGCAGUUAUCUGUAGAUAAGACCUCGAUCGCGGGUGAAGCGCGUCGAGAAUACAGAGACACAGACACUUCGGCGCAACCUGAAGACGUUAAGAAUCACCUAAACUCCCCCGAUCGGCUCGAGUCUGACUCAGGUCACGAACGGGUGAUUGAGGACGGAGCUGAUCGAAGGCGUACAGAGACAUCGGCAGACACUGAACAAACACUGGACUCAUUCAGUGGUUCUAAUUGUGACAACGGGGCAGAAUCACAUGUCAAAGGUCAAGCAAGAGACGUUCUGGAGGAAUCUGUUAACUCUGAGACUGAGUUACUAGAGGAGACUGAAAAGGAAGAUGAGAGCGCAAAGAGAAAAAGAAAAUGGAUUACUGUAGGGCUCACUGCUCAGCUGGAGGGCAGCCAUUCUGAUGUACCGGACGCGUGCUUUAUCAGAGCGCCUGCAGGUGCAGCUAAAGUCCUGAGGUGUGAAGUGGCUGAUGCCCUGAGCUGCCUGAUGGUGACUGGCUCAGAGGAGUUGCUUAGCAGAGUGAUCCGGGUCAAAGUUGAACAUGGAGCAGUCUUUAAUUUCCCUCUUACUGUGGUUGUGCCUUUCCAAGCACGCCAUCGCAGCAGCUACAGAGAUGUCGCUGUGAAGAUAAUAGACGAGGACAAGAGGGUCAGCUACAUCGCUCCCAUAACAACAGAGGGCAUGUAUGGAGGACAGAAAGGCUCAUUUGCAGAGGUGAAGGUGUACUCUGUGGGUCUUUUUGCAGUGGUUUCCUGUUUAAAACUAGAAAACUACACCAUUCCCAGGAAGGGGUUGUCACUAAAACUCCCCAUGGACCCCCGAAUUUGUCUGAACUACCUCCCAGGAUCCUUUACUGCACCUGUAAUAGCACAAACCACGAUCCAGCCGCUAGACGCCGUGCUCCUGGCUUCUGUCAAGUCCAGAAAUUAUGCCUAUCAUUCGGUGGUGUCUACCAGCCCGCUGCUCUACCUCACCCACCCAACCUCGAGGCCCCUGAGAAGACCCCUCACAGUCACACUUCCAUGUCCCCCAAAUCCUGCAAAAAAGAAAGCAACAAGGGGACAAACAGAGAACCAACAAGACCAACAAAGUCAACCUGUCAGGGAUUCUCCCCCAUGGGAUCAUUCACCUUCCCACAGACUGAGAUUCAUGGACACCUCUGUGAAAUCCAAGGAAAUGUCCAAUGAGUCGCUGGUUGUUCUGGGCUCAAGGGACAAACAGUGGAGUGUCAUGGAUAAAGUCACCGUCAGGAGCCUGCAGAAAGGACUGGUGUGCUUUGACCUGAUGGAGAACUUUGACAGUCUUUUCCCUGUUCAGCGGCAAUCUAAUCUUUCCCCAGAGCUAGACUCCUUAACUUGUCCUCCGUCUGCUUCUCCGCUCAGACUGCUCGUGCUUCGUCUCCUCUCCCCGCUGCGCCCUUGUCACCUCGCCUGCCUGGCCGAGGAGCUGGAGGAGUCGGUCUGCUGCCACGCCGUCACCGUCGUCCUCCUGCGAAGCCGAGACGAGCCUCGCGCCCUCCUGGUGGCCGUUGUGCCCGGCAGAGACCUCAGCUGGGAGCUGCACAGGCUGCGAGCUCAGGGCUACAGCGACCCGGUGGAGACCUCCUUGGAGAUCUCGAUGCGUGAGGCAGAUCAGCUUCUCCUGCGUUUCACCGGCAACAUCACCUGCACAGCCGCUGCUCAAACCAACAAAAAUGAAGCCACGCAUGAGCGCAUCACCUUCCACAGCCAGAGGAAGAAUCACCUCUUAGUGCAUCUGACUGAGGUGGACCUAUUUGGAAACUACAGCUCUCCUCACUACAAGGGCACAGCCAUAUUUUAUAAGGUCACCAGAAGUCAGCUGGAGUGGCGGGAUGACAAAGCUGUCCUGAAGGACACGAAGCUUCUGGGAGAUCCCGUCUGUAAGCUGUCUCUGACUUUACCCAAGAUACUAAAAAAUGCAUCAUUUAUCCAUCACCUGCCCAUCCAACCAGGUUCCCUCUCAGACUCUCUUCUUCUCUGGCUGUCCGAGGAGCUCUCAGAGGAGGAAACGGCCCUGCUGGCGCUCUCCCUGCGUCUCUGCCGCAGCACCGCUCAGCUGGUGACGACCCGAGCCGGGAGCGGCGGCCUCUCUUCCCGUGCCUUCACCAUCCUGGCCAUGUGGAGGAGAGGGCUGCCCGCCGUCCCGAACCAACCCAAGGCCUCUCUGCUCGCUCGCUACUUGGCCAAGAUCGGUAGGCCGGAUCUGGCUAGAGAACUGCUGCUGAGGCAGGCUGAAACUACCAGGCAGGAGUCACAGAAUUAA